CUCAACUCCCAUCUCCAUCGCUCUCUCACAUGCACCAUGCCACCUCUACACAGCCUCUGCCUUUCUCCCAACCCUUCAUGGCCCAAGACCCCAACAAGGCCCACCAUCAAAAUAGCCCCAGCCCACCUCCAGACCCUCCUCCCCCUCCCAGACCAGAGCCUUCCUAUCCAAUUCAAGGAGAAGAUCCUGGCCCUUGAGAUCAUGGGCGUGGACACCGGCCGGGCCCUCGCUGUCAAUCCCACCCUCCAAACAACCCCACUCUCCUCCAUCCACUCCAUCAUCUCCUUCCUCCAAUCCAAGGGCCUCCAUCAAAAGGACAUGGGCCGUAUCUUCGACAUGUGCCCCGCCAUCCUCACCGCCGACGUCGAGCACGACCUCUCCCCCGUCUUCCACUUCCUGUCCCAGGAUCUCCAUGUCCCACAAACCAACUUCAGGAGGCCCAUCAACAAGUGCCCAAGGCUCCUCAUCUCGAGCGUCCGUGACCAGCUAAAGCCGGCUCUGAUAUAUCUUCAACGGCUGGGAAUCAAGGACAUGGAAGGACUUGCUUACAAUGACCCAGUGCUGUUAGUGUCCAGCGUCGAGCGGACGCUGAUGCCCAAGAUGGAGUGUUUGGUGGGCCUGGGGUUUUCAGAAGAGGAGGCGGCGGGGAUGGUGGUGAGGUGUCCAGGGCUAUUCACAUUCAGUGUGGAGAGGAAUCUGAAACCCAAGUUUGAGUAUUAUGUGGGAGAGAUGGAAGGGAGUUUGGAGGAGUUGAAGGGUUUUCCACAGUACUUUGGUUUUAGCUUGGAGAAGAGGAUAAGGCUUAGACAUAGGGAGGGCGUGGAGAGAGGCGUGAAGCUGCCUUUGGGGCUCAUGCUCAAGGCUACUGAUGAGGAAUUUAGGAAGUUGUUAGAGAAGGGGGAAUGAAUGAUCAUAGGGUUUUAAGACUCGAACCCAAUUCAGAUGAGUCAGACUCGGAUUCAGCACUACACAAUUCAGUUAGAUCACACAAAUGGUCCCUGGGUCAGCCCCAACUCAGGUGGAAUGAAUUGAUCUGAAUCUAAAAAUUAUGGAAAUGGAGGAAGGAAUCUCUCUCUCUCUCUCUCUCUAAGGUUGUUGAUUUGUUUUUUUGUUUUUUGUUUUUUUGUUUUGUUUUUUUUAUUUAUUUAUAAAUUUUGUAAAUUGUAAAUAUAGUAUUUUGGUUUUAAGAUUAAGUUAGGAGAUUCAUGGGAUUUUGGGUCUCUCUCCGUCAUGGAAAUUUGGGUGUAAAUGGUCCAGAUUACUCCUAUUAUGUACACAAAGGUCAAUAUCAUCCUUUGGUGGGCCAUCAAAUUUGUAAUAUCUUGUCUUGACGAACAAUCCAUUAUAUUGGUAUUACCAAUCGUCUCUCUCUC